AUGCUAAAAGUCAACAAGACAGAGAAACGAGAAAUUGACGAAGAUUACAAGACAGAAGAUUACAAGACAGAAGAUUACACGACAGAAGAUUACAAGACAGAAGAUUACAAGACAGAAGAUUACAAGACAGAAGUUUACAAGACAGAAGUUUACAAGACAGAAGUUUACAAGACAGAAGAUUACAAGACAGAAGAUUACAAGACAGAAGUUUACAAGACAGAAGUUUACAAGACAGAAGUUUACAAGACAGAAGUUUACAAGACAGAAGAUUACAAGACAGAAGAUUACAAGACAGAAGAUUACAAGACAGAAGAUUACAAGACAGAAGAUUACAAGACAGAAGAUUACAAGACAGCACGGAGGAUCACGCAAAUCGAACAUAACACCACUAACAACAGAGAAAACUAG